UUUUAGACCGAGAAACCGCGUGAGAAAGCCAAGGAUCUGUCUCACUCUUGUUCUUCUUCUUCUUCAUCAUCAUUAUCUUAUUCGUCAUCACACUCAUCAAUCAAACAAAUUUCGUUCCAAGAUUGAAUUAAAUGUCAUUUCGUAGCAUAGUUCGUGAUUUAAGAGAUGGGAUCGGGAGCUUAUCUAGACGGGGAUUUGAAGUGAGAAUUUCGGGUCUUAAUAGAAGCAAGUCACUAAGUGUUGCUCAUGAAUCAGACACCCAUGACCACCCAGAUCUUGUAAUAAGUAGCCGAUGGGAUGGUCUUCCUCCUGAACUAUUAAGUGAUGUCAUUAAGCGAUUAGAGGCAAGUGAGAGUACUUGGCCUGGUCGAAAGCAUGUUGUCGCUUGUGCAGCAGUCUGUCGGUCAUGGAGGGAAAUGUGCAAAGAAAUUGUUAGUUCUCCCGAGUCGUCAGGAAAGCUUACAUUUCCGAUCUCUCUUAAACAGCCGGGCCCUCGGGCUACUACCAUCCAGUGCUUCAUCAAGAGAGAUAAAGCUAAUUCAACAUAUUAUCUUUAUCUUUGCCUUAGCAGUGCAUUGGUAGUGGAGAAUGGAAAGUUUCUUCUUUCAGCCAAAAGGAGUAGGAGAAGUACAUGUACAGAGUAUGUUAUUUCAACGGAUGCGGAUAACAUUUCAAGGUCAAACAGUGGUUAUGUUGGAAAAGUGAGAUCAAAUUUCCUUGGUACGAAGUUCAUAAUUUAUGAUUCCCUACCAUCACAUAGCACUGCCAACAUUGUCCAACCUGGGCGGUCAACUUCAAGUCGCCGGUUUUCAAGAAAAGUUUCACCGAAGGUUCCAUCGGGAAACUUUAACAUAGCUCAAAUCGCAUAUGAGUUAAAUGUAUUGGGAACACGUGGUCCACGAAGGAUGAAUUGUAUGAUGCACUCGAUCCCGGUGUCUGCCCUAGAACCUGGCAGCGCUAGCAUUCCUGAUCACACAAACCUCUUUCCAAGCUCCUUUGAAGACUCAUUCAGAAGCAUCUCAUUCUCCAAGUCAAUUGACAACGGAAGUGAGUUUGGCAGCGCCCGGUUUUCCAAGAUUGCAGGCCUCACACAAAAUGGAGAACAAAUGAAAAGUGAACCAUUGAUAUUAAAGAACAAACAGCCACGGUGGCAUGAACAGUUGCAAUGUUGGUGUCUUAAUUUCAAAGGAAGGGUAACGGUUGCAUCCGUUAAGAACUUCCAGCUGAUUGCUGCUAUUCCCGCCCCUCUUCCAGUGGCAGUGGAUCCCCAAGUGCCAUCACAAACUAGCCAACCUCAAUCGCAUUCAUCUCAUGAUCAGGUGCUUUUGCAGUUUGGUAAAGUAGGAAAAGACAUAUUUACUAUGGAUUAUCGGUACCCUUUAUCUGCAUUUCAAGCUUUCGCCAUAUGCUUGAGCAGCUUUGACACAAAAUUGGCAUGUGAAUAAUAAGAAGGUUUGACUUUCCCGGUUCUUAUAAAAUCCUGUCCAAGAAUUUGCUCAAAUAAUAUGGGAAUGAGCUGCUUCUUGUAUUAGAAGACCCUUUUUCAUCCUAAAUAUGUAAUCUUAGCUUGCUGUUGAAGUUGUCGCCACAGGUUUAUGUUUAUUAUAAUGUUGGCUAACUUAUCCUUGGAUUAAAAAUGUUCAUAAUUAGACAUGUAUCCAUUGCAUUUGUAAUUUCGAAAUUAAAAGAGAUUUGUGCAUUA